CCCCCUUUCACGCUUAUACCAGCCAUCCUCACCCCUUUCUCUUACCCUUUCCUUUGUUGCAGACGAAAUAUGCCCUGCGCCCUCUUCCGAUCUGCUUCACCUCGUCGAUUCUGACCUUUUCCCGCCCUUUCCCAUCGCACAAUGGCCACCGCGGUCGCCAAUGGCCAUGCCACCCCCUCCGCUGAUGCGGCCAAACAACGCAGACUGGCCCACCACGACGCCGACGUCGUGAUCGUGGGUGCCGGCAUUCUGGGAUGUGCCUUGGCUGUGACACUAGGGAGACAAGGUCGGAGUGUGCUGCUCCUGGAGAACUCGCUGAAGGAGCCCGAUCGCAUUGUGGGAGAAUUGCUCCAGCCCGGCGGUGUUCAGGCCCUUGAGCAACUCGGACUCGCCGACUGUUUGGAGGGCAUCGACGCGAUCCCCGUGGAGGGUUACUAUAUCACAUACUUUGGCAAGCCCGUGGAGAUCCCGUACCCCAAGCCGUCCCCGACCACGCCGCCGCCGCAAGGCCGCUGCUUCCACCACGGCCGGUUCGUGAUGAAGCUGCGGGCGGCGGCCAUGGCGUGUCCCAACGUCACCGUGGUCGAGACCAAGGCCACGGAGCUGAUUACAUGCGCGCACACCAAGCAGGUCCUUGGCGUCGAGUGCGUGACCAAGGACAUGAAGGACUGCUACUUCGGCCAGCUCACCGUCGUGGCCGACGGCUACGCCUCCAAGUUCCGCAAGCAACACCACACGCGCACCCCCGAGGUGCGCUCACGCUUCUGGGGGCUGGAGCUGAUUGACCCUGUCAUGCCCAAGCCGUACUACGGCCAUGUGCUCCUCAGCGACAACGCCCCGAUCCUCAUCUACCAGAUCGGCACCCACGAGACCCGGAUUUUGAUUGACAUCCCGGAGAACCUCCCGUCUGCCUCGGUCAAGAACGGCGGCGUCAAGGGCCACAUGCGCAAUGUCGUCCUGCCCUCGCUGCCGGAGUCUGUUCGACCGGCAUUUGUCGCAGCCCUGGACGAGGGCAAGCUGCGGUCCAUGCCCAACUCGUACCUCCCGAGCGCGCGCAACAAGACCCCGGGCUUGGUUAUUCUGGGCGAUGCCCUCAACAUGCGUCAUCCGUUGACUGGCGGCGGCAUGACCGUUGCGUUCAACGAUGUCGUGGUGCUCCGCGAGCUGCUGAGUCCGGAAAAGGUGCCCAGCCUCGGCGACACUGACCGGGUUCUGCAGCAGCUCUCGUCGUUCCACUGGCAGCGCAAGAACGGAUCCUCCGUCAUUAACAUUCUCGCGAUGGCUCUGUACAGUCUUUUUGCCGCUAAUGAUGAAAAUCUCCGCGCCCUUCAACGCGGCUGCUUCCGCUAUUUCCAACUCGGCAUGACCUCCGGCCCCAUGGGCCUCCUCGGCGGCCUGACCAAGAAGCCUGCCGUGCUGUUCGGGCAUUUCUUCUCCGUGGCGUUCCUGUCGCUGUGGCUGCUCAUCACGGAAUCCCCCUUGUACAAACUCCCGCUGAUGCUGUGGCAAUGUGUUAUGGUGUUCUGGACCGCCUGCGUGGUGAUUUUCCCGUACAUGCUGAUCGAAGCAUUCUGCUGAUCGAAGCUUUUCUACUGAUUCAUUCACCCCCCUUUCUCUCGGGUGUUGCCUGUAUAAUAUUUACGACCACGGUCUGGUACUUUUAAUACCUGUUUUUUUUUUCUUGGGAUGGUGAUGACCCGAGCUUUCUUGCUGGUCGCUGGUUGCUGGUUGUUUAUAUGUGAUGAUGGGUACAUACUUUCUUUUGUCGCUGGGGGGAUGUAUUAUGAGUGAUAGAUAAUAGUCAUAGCAUGUAAUUAAUAUCAUAACAAGACACAGACGCCGUUGGACAUGGGUUUGCAUGGGGGAAAGUGCACACACCGGCCUUUGGGUGCAUAUAGCCGUAAUAGAAGGGGAUUAUACAGG